AUGAUCUUUUAUAAUUAUUUAUUUCUUAUAUAUAAUUCCUUACUCUUUAUAUCAUUGUAUAAUGUUAAUACAUUCAGUUUUGAACUAUCAUCAGAUUUUGACUUAUCAUGGGACAAUUGUGGGCCUAGUCAAGACCCAGUUCAAUUGAAGAGUCUUGAUAUUAGUCCUGAUCCAAUUAAAGUACCGGGAAAUGUUACCAUUACUGGAUCUGUUGAUGUAGCGUCUCAAAUUCCAACAGAUGUUCAUGCAGUAGUUUUACUUCAACGUAAAGUUGGACCAUUUUUUGUAAAAGUUCCAUGUGUUGAUAAUUUUGGUUCAUGUACUUAUGAUAAUGUUUGUGAGUUAUGGACUGAACUUUGUUCAAAGUAUGCAUCACGAUAUGGUUUACCAUGUGAAUGUCCAAUUCCAGUAAAUACAUAUUCUGUAUCAAAAGCAACUGUACUUGUGAGUAAGCAUUUACCACCUGAGUUAUUAGGUGAAUAUCGAGCCACAGUUGAUAUUGGUUCAAGUGAAAGCCAUAUCGCCUGUAUUAAUAUUGACUUGACAAUUCAGAAAUAA